UCUGUGGCAUACUUCCACUUAGAGACGAGAACCGUGAAAAAUGUGAAUAACAUAAACACAAGAAAUAUAGUGAUAACCAUAUCGCUCCGGACCAUCUAUUGCGGCUUUCUGUUAGUAGCUGACCAGUCUUUCGGGGGCGCAUCUAAGGAUUGUAUCUAGUAAGUCAGUGGGAAGUUUACCAUUAUUUUGAGUGAAGAGACUUUGGAUGGAAUGGUUCUCUUUCUGAAGUUUCUGAAGUAACUGGUAUUGCUACACUAACCUACAUCGCUGUCCGUAGGUACCUCAAUUGCUUCGUGAGCACAUGCUUAGUCACUUUAACGCUAAUGGUGCUAACAUGGAGCGCCGGUUUCUAAGGCCAAUCAACACCAAUAUAUCAGACAUAUACGAGUGCGAUUUUCCUACGUCAUUUUUCUCUGCCGAAGAUGUGAGUGUCCCCAGUUCUCCGGAGACUCACCAACCAAGUAUCAGUCCUGACAAUCAUAACAGUUCCACACUAAGACUUGAACGUAAUCACAUUCUGCAUUCCAUACGUUGUGUUAAAAGGAGUAGUGAAUCAACAGAAGAUGUGGAGGCAUUCGAAGCGGAUAUCUCCCCCGGAAAAGUAGAUGUGGCUGUACAAGUCAAAGAAAUAAUUUUCCCAAGGAAACGUGCGAAAACUUACAAGUUACAGUUGGUGGCAUGUGGAGCGCUGCUAAUGUUAGUUUUGAUAGUUGGUAUGACGUUCAUUUUGGGGAUAUUUGUGCGAUGGAUGUAGUUCCUUGAAUCAAUAAAGUAUUAAUUCUGUC